AUGACAACACCAGCUACCCCUUCAACCUCAAACGCCACCAGCUCCACCCCUGCCCCUCAUAUCCGGAUUGUCCCCCACCUGGACGCGCCCCGAUCGCUUCACUUUGACGUCGUCGACAAGGACGUCCCCGAGGGGUUUGUCCUCAAGAUUGGUCGCUUCACCGAUAAACAGGCCCUGCCCAACCGAGUCACCUUCAAGUCCAAAGUCGUCUCGCGUGGUCAUGCCGAGAUCUUUACCGAGCAUGGCAAGUUCUUUAUCCGCGAUACAAAGUCAUCAUCGGGCACUUUCCUCAACCACGCCAGACUGUCCCCCCCAGGAAUUGAAUCGAAGCCAACACUACUCAAGGAUGGUGAUGUGAUCCAACUUGGAGUGGACUACCAAGGAGGCACUCAAGAAAUCUACCGAUGCGUCAAGAUGAGACUUGAAUUGAACCGGUCAUGGCAACAGCAGGCAAACGCCUUCAGCACGAAUACCCUAAAGACCAUCCGAUCUUUAACCACCGCCGAUCCCGCCAGCUGCACCGACUGCUGCAUCUGUCUCUUCCGCAUCGCUUCCUUCCAGUCUCUCUUUGUCGCCCCCUGUUCACACGUCUACCACUACAAAUGUAUCCGCCCCAUGCUCAUGUCACACCAUCCAGGAUUUCUCUGUCCGCUCUGUCGAACUUUUGCGGAUCUCGAAGCGACCGUCGAGAUCGAUGAUCCCGUGGAAGAGCAGGCUGCUGUUCAAAGUACUGCCCAAGUUGAGAGUCCGGUCAGCAACGCACAGGAACCCAUCGAACAAAUAUGCGAUGCCGAGUCCACCGUACCACCACCUACAUCAUCAUCGACAUCAUCUGCCAUUGAGAUCGAUCCAGUGGUCCGCCCGGCUGUAGAAGAGGCUUCGUUGCCAACACCAACAUCUGUACAGGCACAUACUUUCCUGCCACAGGAACAGCAGGAUAUUUCUGGACUUGGACCGAUUGAACUUGAUCCUCCAGCGCCCACUACCGAUGAUGACGCAACGUCCUCGCCUCGACCUUCUGGAGGCCCUACGCCUUCAUCGUCCACGUCGUCGUUGUCGGCGCAGCAGCAGCCAUCACAGGCCUCGACAUCGGCAACAGUCUCGCCUAUGGACAUCUCUACGCCAACAGCAGCGCCGUCAUCACCAAGCAACAACCCGUUGAGCCAACAGUCGCCAUCAUCCGCCUUCCUGAUGGCGCCCUCGCCUCCCAUGUUUGUGACCAGCUUUGCGACCACGCCCAUCCCCUUUGCUGCUCCUUCGUCUCAACCGCCUUCAUCCUCGCAUACUCAACCCAGUCAUACCAACCCGAUCUCUAACCCAAGGCACUCAUCUUCGCCUUCGAGCCCCGGAAGCCAUAUGGGCCACAUGAUCCAGAACUUUGUGCGGAACAUCAGUAUCCCACACCGGAACAGGAGCAGGACCAAUUCGAGCUCUGCAGUCUCGCCACCCACGUCUACGGGCGGCAACCAUCACCACGGUCCUGCCUCGCAGGGUUCUAGCGCAGAUGUGUUGGGCAAAACGUUGGUCAUGUCGUCACCACCACCCUUGAUGCUUUCUAACCAUCGCACAGGAACUGGACACUCUGGGUUCUCGGAUCUGGGCGCUGUCUCAGAGCAGGAUGUCGAGGGUUCUGGAUCUUCGGCGGCUGUUGGAGGAGCUGGUAGCGGUAGUCCUGGAAGCAGCAGUAGUAGCAGCAGCAGUCGGAGCAGCAGUCAUGAUCGUGGUGAGGCGGACCAUUCUCGGCCGAUGCAAACCGUCGUCACCGAGACCACAGCUUAG